ACCGAUUUGCCAUCUUCUUGCGCUGAAUUUACAGCUAAAGAAAAAAGAAAUGCGUAGGGUCAAGGCAGAUUAAUGUUUAAUAGACGAAUUUAGUAAGUUGUUAAUGUCGUUACUUGGCCGAAGACCAUCGGCUUGUUCGUAAAUAGCAUUUCUUUACUAGUGAACGGAGGGGAAACGCAACUUAUAAAAGUUUUAAACAAUAUCGUGUUUGGCAUUUAGUUAGUUAGUAAUCAAGCUGUUAGCAUAAUUUAUUUAAAAUGUGGAAAUAUACGAUCCUAAGUGUUCUUAUAUGCGGAUAUUACUUCAUUUGCGUAUCAAGUGAAGAAGGAAAACCGCCCCUCAGCGCGAAAUGUUUAGGGUGUAUCUGCGAGGCGAUUUCGGGCUGUAAUACUACCAGAAAGUGCAUCGGUGACAUUUGCGGCCCUUUUGCCAUUACAUGGGGAUAUUGGGCUGACGGUAACAAGCCCACAACCGCCCAAAAGCCGGCCGAUGAUCCAGAAGCUUAUUCGUCUUGUGCCAACGAUCCCUACUGCGCCGCAUCCGCCGUUCAACACUACAUGUAUAAAUUCUAUCAGGAUUGCAAUGGUGACGGUAAGGUAGACUGCGACGAUUUUGCCGCCAUUCACAAGUUGGGAGGCUAUGGGUGCCGAGCUCCGCUUCCAGAUUUUUACCUUCAACGUUACCAGCAGUGUAAGCAGUACGUUGGAGGAAUUUUGUAAGGAGAAUAGAAGAGCUGAAGAUUUCUAAAUUGAUGUGUAACUACCUUUUCCAAUGACCACUUAAUCAGUUUUAAGGAAAUAAAUUUAUAUGACUAGGAA